AUGGGGGAUGAGGAAUUGGAAAUAAAGACUGAAGAGAGAGAUCUGGGAAUAACUGUGACGGAGGGGCUCUCGUCAGAGGUUCAUGUAAAGAGGAAAUCUGGUGAAGCGUACAAUUUAGUAAGGAACAUAAGAACUGCAUUCUGCUACAUGGAUGAAGAGAUGAUCAGGAAGUUGAUUGUUACAAUGAUUAGACCCAGCCCAGGACCCCAGUUCACUGUGAUUGUCACUCAGGUGAUCCCACAGGCAAGUAGUCACCACUCUCCACCUUAUUACAAGUUUUGCAAAUUGUAUCUGACAGGAGACCAGCUACGGAGUGAUUCAUCUUUAGAAGCCUAUGCCCGAGUAUUACGUAUGGGUUGUCGAUGCAUUGAAUUGGAUUGCUGGGAUGGCACCGAGAACAACCCUGUGAUCUUCCAUGGUGGUACCUUCACAAGCAAAAUUAACUUUACAGAUGUUAUUGAAACCAUUCGGGAUCAUGCAUUUGCUACCUCCAAAUAUCCAGUCAUUCUUUCCAUUGAGAAUCACUGCAGUCUCACUCAGCAGAAAGUGAUGGCCAGGAAAUUCAAGGAGACAUUUGGCAGUAUGCUCCUCACAGUGCCAUACAGAGCCAACGAACAAAUGUUUCACCAAGAAGAAAACACCACACAACCCAUGAAAAGUCUCCAAGAUCCACUUAUAGUCAUCACUACCACUAUUCGGUCCUUCCCGCUCAAACGCCUCUCUACAUCACCAAUUGUUUUCACUACAGCUGGUCUUACCAGACCUUAUAAAUACCACAAAAACCUCACAGGCUCAUCUAUCAAAUCAUUAGCUGAUCACAAUGUAAACAAAUGCACUGUGUUCACAUCACCCACGCCUCAGCUGCCACCCAUCGAAACUCGUUCCCGCUAA